AAGCCGUGCACAGUGUUUUCCCGUUGGCAACGUGUCAGUAACGGAGUCAUUCUUCAUCGGCGAGAUACAUGCAAAUACAGCCAUUAUUAGGAUUUUAAGGCAGCUGUCAUCUUGGAGACUCCCGGUGAAAAUGGAAUCGUUUCUACGGAGCUCUCGCGAUGCGCUUAAGAGUUUAAGCAGAGACAGCCCCGGCCUACACGUGGUCAUAGGAAAUGAAGCUUGCGACUGUGACUCAAUGGUGUCAGCCCUUACAUUUGCUUAUUUCCUGUCUAAGACGAUGGAGCCAGGGAAGGUGGCGGUGCCGGUCCUCAACAUCCCGCGGGCGGAAUUCCCGUUGCGGACAGACAACGUGUUCCUCCUGAAGGAGAGCGGCCUCGCACAAGACCUGCUGGUGUUCCGUGAUGAGAUCGAUCUCCAGGGUCUGCACCAGGCCAAACAGCUGGUCCUAACACUGGUGGACCAUAAUGUCCUCCCUAGUGGGGAUGCUUCUCUGGAGGAGGCUGUGGUGGAGGUGAUCGAUCACCACCUCCUGGAGAGGAAGCCGUCGCCCUCGUGCCUGGUCACCGCGGAGACCGUGGGCUCCUGCAGCACGCUGGUGACGGAGCGGAUCUCGCAGAAGACCCCCGACCUGCUCGACCAACAGGUGGCACAGCUCUUAUACGGCACGAUCGUGUUGGACUGCGUGAACAUGGCGCCCGAGGCUGGGAAGGUCACUCCCAAAGAUAGCCAGUAUGCUGUGCUCCUGGAGUCUCGCUUCCCUAACCUGCCACCGAGAGGCGCCCUCUUUCAGUCCUUGCAGAAUGCCAAGUUUGAUGUAUCGGGCCUCACCACUGAACAGAUGCUGUUGAAAGACAUGAAGGCUGCCACUGGUGGAGACCUCAACCUGGCCGUUAGUGUUGUUUACAUGACGCUAGAGGCUUUCCUACAGAGACGUGGCCUGCAGCAGGAGCUCUGCGAGUUCUGUCACAAGCACAAAUACAACCUCCUGGUAGCCAUGACGAUUUCAUUCCGUGAAAAUAACGAGCCAUUCCGUCAGCUUGCGGUCUACAGCUCCAGCAGUCUAUACAGGGACGAGAUGAGCCAAGCUUUGCAAAAAGCUCAGACCCCCAGCUUGGAUCUCUCUCCGAUGAGCAGCCCAUACCAUGACGUGAAGGCCUACGUCCAGGGCAACACACUGGCCUCUCGCAAAAAGGUUUUGCCCAUCAUCAAGGACUUCCUCAAGUCUUGGGAGAAAAGAACGGCCCCCUCCGGAAACCUGGACGACCUUGGUGACCUGGAGGGAGUCUGCUGCCCGGGUAUGGAGGAGGGAGGACGGUACCACUCCCAUCAGUGCACUGAGGACUCGGGCAUGGAGGAGGACUCGAACGUGCCCCCGACACCCAUGAACAGCCUGGUGGAGGGCUGCCCGCUGGACGACGGGCUGCCCAGGAUCAGCGAGGAGGCCAUUGUGGAGAAAUUCAGCAGGAUGACCAGCCGGGACGAGCCGGAGGACGAGCUCUGAGAGUCCCUUUGAAACGCCCAGCCUCUGCCUCCCUCGCCUCGCGUCUGGGGCCCCGUGGAUCAGGAGCCUGUGUGGAACCGCUGUUUUGCUGUGGGAACUUGUGGGAUUUCUCUUGGCCUGAACCUGACUGCAUGUGUGUAGUUAAGAUCUGCAUGAAUAACACGACGGAGAGGGGACGACGCGGAGGACCAUCUUGGCUGUCGGCGCGGGUCAAACAGAGGUCAAUUGGAGAUGAUCAUACAUUGGGAGUGUUUCAUUGCUUUGGACUAGACAUGCAGCUGUUGAUGUGAUCUAACUGAGAAUGACGACGCAAAGCGUAAUUGCUCAGCGUAAUUGCUCAGCGUGUGAGAGAUCUGCUCUAUUAUUAUUUUUGACUAGGUGAGUGGCCCUUGUGGUCUGUAUCUCCAGAUACAUGAACUUACGAAGUGUCCUGAAAUUAGAAAUCCAAUUAAGCUUUUUUUUUUCAUCUUUUUCAUUAAGACAUGUUUUGACAUCCAAAGCUAGAAUUUAUGAUCAGUUCAUAAUGUAAUUAGGGGAGGUACGUUCAAACUAAAGUGAAGUGGACUGGUUUGAUGGAGGCUUUUACAGCCCUUGAUCCCAAAGCUUUAAACCUUGUGGAUACUACUUUCUGAAGUUUGUGAUAAUUUAGGAUGCUCCUUAUCAACGUUCUGAAAGGAUGCUAAACGGAGUGUGUUUUGUUUUAAACAUAAUAUUAUGGAGGUUCCUAUCAGUGUUGCUGUGUGUGGGCUCGGCGUGAAGAAUGACACAAAGGGCUCGCAGUACACAUGUUGAAGUACAAUCGUGUGAUCCUCAGUAGAGAGGACACCAGUAUUCAUGGUGGAUAUGUUAUGAAGGUAACGUAUUGAAGGUUUCUUGCCUUUAAUGAAAAGCGGUACGAAGAACAUUUAUUACUCAAAAAUUUAAUCAUAUACAGUAUAUAAUUUAUUAAGAUUAUUGUUUUGGCAUUCAUGAGAAAUUAAGGUUUUAUGUAAGCAUCUUGUAAUGUCCUUUUGGACAAAAGUGUGGCUUUAACAUUUUAAGAUCAGAGCAAUGAAGCCUUUGUUAAGAUCACUACUAUGUGACUGGUUUGAACACAGGCAGUGUUACCAGAGUCGCCUGUCUGUUAUUUGUAAAUCACAGUUAUGCUGCAAAGAGUCACAUUAGACAUGCAUUAUCCAAAAGAAACAUGAUUACGUGUUUUGGUGAUCUUGAAAAAAUAUUUGAAAAAAAAAAAACAUAUCAGUGGUUUACAGGGUGAGCUUUAAAAUUGAUUUCUGAUCACAAUCAUAAUUUGAGUAAUAUAUAAAAGUGACAGUGCAUCACUUUGAUUAGGUGAUCUAUAUCAUUUCUAUAGCAUGUACAAAUGCUGAGUUGAGGAUUCCAUUGUUAUAUAUAUAUAUAUUAUAUAAAAGUAUUAUGUAUCACAGUCUUGAGGGGGCAGCAUGCCCGAGUGACUGUUCAUGGCAUCUGCUAAUUUCUCAGUUACAGUACGUCAUCAGCCAAUAUUGGAUAGAUAAUAUUUCAUUAACUGAAAAAUGGUCAAGUGUCAUGUGGCAAGUGUUGUUCAACCAUAUCUAUGACCAAAAUAUAGCUAUCUAUUUAUCCAUAAAUUGUACACACCUUUCUUGACAGUGUUACAGGACAAUCAGACGCCAAUGAUAUACCACUACAUGUCAGACUUAAUUCUUCUUGCCUCACUUAAAAGUGUACAAAUAUUGCAAAAUGUAUUGUUAUUAAUGAAAUGUUCCGUUCAUCCAGAUGUAUUCAAUUGCAAUUUCAAAGUAUUAAAUGAUUUUUAACACA